AUGACUUUAUUAAUUCGCAUUUGUUUAGGUGAAUCUAUCCCAAUCAGAUUGUUCCUGGCUGGUUAUGAUCUUACGCCGACGUUCAAAGACGUAAAUAAAAAAUUCUCAGUAAGAUAUUACCUUAAUCUGGUCCUUAUCGAUGAGGAAGAAAGACGGUACUUUAAACAACAGGUAAUGUUCUGACUUUUCCAAUGGUUUUAUAUUUUUCAAUUAAAAAAUAAAUACCCACCCUUGGCCAAAAACUUUACAAAAGGAUUCAGUUGUCACACAUGUCCUUUACCACUUCUGGGUUAUCAUUCCAUGUUUCGCGCACCAAUAUAGGUUAGGGUUAGGUAUUAGGGUUAGGUAUUAGGGUUAGGGGUUAGGUUAGGGUUAGGUUUAGGGUUGGGGUUAGGGUUAGGGUGUGUAUAUAUGUGUAUGGAGCUAUCUAGUGAACUUUUCAAUACAUUAUAAUAUCCAAUACAUAACGUUUACUAUAUUAGUGCGCGAAACAUGGAACACUUACCAAUUUCUGUGAGACGAGUUUGAUAACUGCUUGUGCAAUUUUCUGCAGUCUAAAGUUUCAUGUUGUCUGUGCAUCUACAUUCUUUGGAGACACCAUUUGCCUCCUGACAAAUCGGAAAAUGAUCAAGAUUAGAUAGUGACUCUAAUUGAUUUACAUGUUGUAUUGGCAAAUAUUAGUAAAUAUGACUGUUGACAUUGCUUUUUAGUCUUCAAUAUUUGAGCGAGUCAUGCUUUGGAAGUGACAAUAAGUUUUUAUUACCCCACCCUUGAGUUGUUUACUUUUACCCAACAUUUUACUCACUCAAAAUUAUUUUGUUUGCCCAACCCUUUUCUCUUCGGUGAGUCGAUUCUAGUGUUUGUGUAUGUAGUUGUCGUCCUUCUUGUUGUUCGAACUCGUAUUUUUAGGUUACUGAAUGAAUACCUUUCAGAAACCUGCACAUUAUGUACUUCAUUUUAAAGACUAAGUACGCCUUGAAUCAGGGGUGGAUUUAUAGGGGGGUGCGCAACCCCCCAGGGCAGUCUGGCAAUAUUCGAUUUUGGGCAGUCUGGCAAUAUUCGAUCAACAGUCGGGCAAUUUUGGUUUGUAAUAAAAAUAAAUGGGACCAAUUCUGGCAAUUUAGUGGAAAAUUCAGUAAAUUUUGUGGUCAAUUUUUUUUGGGGGGGGGAGGUCGCCGAAAUAUUUUUUCCGUACUAGUCGGGCACAAUCCCGAAAAGUCGGACAAAUUUCUUUCCGCCCCCUAAUUUUUUCCUUCCGGUACGCCCAUGGCAAUCACGGCUUCAAUUUUUGAAUUGCAGAAUAAUUAGAUGCACUAUCUAGUGUAUAUAAGAUAUCUAUGGGUACGACCAAAAAUCUUGAAUCAUCGCACUCGGACUAAAAAAUGCGUUUUCUUAUUUCUCUGUAGGAAAUAACGUUAUGGCGAAAGGGGGAAUUUAAAAGACGACAACAUCCCGUGUUGGUCACAGACAUGGACUCGGAGAAGAAAGAAUGAUCUGAAAUAACAAGGCAAGCAUUUUUAUAUCAAAAAUUGUUGAAAUUACAUUGUACAUUGCUAUGGUUUUGGUUGGCAGAACCUAAGCUGAAAAAUCGAUUGGCCUUUCCGUAAUCUCAUGGGAACGCCCUGUUGGAUGGCGAAAAGUUAGUCGGUAGAUAUAUUGAAUAGGAACUCGAAAUUAUUUGAUUAUUUGAAUGUUGGAUUGGUCUGCCCUCGCCAGUCAUUCACUGGGAUAUGGACAAUUCAGCUAUAGACUAAAUUUUGAUCUAGGCAAGAAAAACGAAAUCCAUCACCACAGCUAGAAAGAGCAUGUUAAAAUUAGUAAAAUUGCAAAUUUUGUUUGCGAAGUGUUGUAAAAUGAGGAAGAUAUAGACCUAACAAAUUUGCAAAUUUUGUAUUAAUUUUUAUUACGCGCUGGAAAAUGCACCUCAUUUCGGCCGAAAGUGGUUCAUUUUCUUGUGCGUAAUACAAAUUAAUACAAAAUUUGCAAAUUUCACAGGGCUAUAUAUUUUCCACAUUUUACAACAUUUCGCAACCAAACUUUGCAAUUUUACUAAUUUUAACAUGCUCUUUCUAGCUGUGGUGAUGGAUUUCGUUUUUCUUGCCUAGAUCAAAAUUUAGUCUAUAUCUGGGAUCAUCCAUUUAGGGGGCUGAUUACAUGGAGAGUUUUCAGCCCGGGCUGAGUUUCAGCCCGGUGAGAUCCACUUGCCUUGUUAACAACGCAUAUAAAAUUCGAUUUGUUUUCAUAUGAGAAAUGUGCCAGCCCAGCUACAUGCACGCGUGAACAACCUGUUUCCGGUUGAUAUCGGCAGACUUGAACAAGCUUGUGCUGUACCCUAAUGCCUGGUUUCCAUAUGGUCGUAAAGAUUGAGUCGCGAUCUUUCUCAUCAGCCGAAAUACAACAUUUUAGAACAUACUAGAACUGAAAAUACGCAGCGUGAUUAUAACUAGAGAAUACUUAUGAUUUAUAUGUGGUUUACAGGUAUAAACUAUUAUUGAGUGACUCUAUUUUACGACGAUAUCGAAACCAGGCUUGAGAACAAGUUGUCAAUAAUGUUGUUGCAACAUUGCUUAGUUGUAACAAUGCUGUGACAACAUUGUUGACAACUUGUUCUUAGAGUGCAAGCACAACGUUUUCCAAGCCUGUCGAUAUCAACCGGGGACAGUUGUUCGUUUUUACGCGUGUACACACGCAGAAAUCUCACAUUUUGUAUAGCAAGUCUGCCAACAAGCCAUCAACAAGUUGUGUUCGCAUUGCUUGUCCCAAGUUGUCAACAAGUUUGGAACAAGCUGUUAACAACUUGUAACAACCUUGUUGAUAUUAUCAGACUUGUUGCAAGGUUGUUCCAACAAGUCCGAUACAGUCAUGAUAUAACAAUAUUGUUAUACAACUUUGUGUCGUCAACCUUGUAACAUUCUUGUUAUAUCAUGUUUGUAUCAGACUUGUUAGAACCGGUAACAAAGUCUGAUAAUGCCAUCAAGCUUGUUACAAGUUGUUGACAGCUUGUUCCAAACUUGUUACAACAACUUGUGAACAGAUUUUUAACAACUUGUUUGCAAUCCUGUAACAACUUGUGUGUUUUUACGUGUGUAGAUAAGAUCUCGCAAAAUUCAAUAGCUACCACAGAAUUUGAAAUAUAUACUCUUAACAGUCGUCGAUACUUAGCCUAUCCAAUGCCAUGGUUCAGUCACGUGACGCUAAACCUGUAAAGCGAUUGGUUUAAAAAUGAAUAAUCAAAUAAAUUAUGUUGUCAAUACCAGCACGAAAUAAUUGGCACCCUCGUAGAUGAUUAAAUUGUGCCGACAUGGUGCAGUGAUAGAAUAUAGAAAUUUGGUAAUUGUAACGUAUGAAUGAUUCAUAAUAUUUAACUUUUAUGCUUUUGUUUUUUUGCUCUAGUUCUAGUUUUUGCGCCCCAUUAAAGUGCAUAUGACAUGAAAUUUCUUAUUUUCUUAAAUGAAAGAACUCUUUAAGCUGUAGUGUAACUUACUUUUCAGUUUCUUGUUUUUAUGUUUUUUUCCAGAGAUAUUUCAAUUUGUUUGAUAUGUAAAUGAGUGUGAAUAUGUCCGCUAAUUUAUGACGUCAUGUUGGUUGCAAGCUCUUCAAAAUGGUGGAAUAUCACGGCUAUCAUCCAAGAUGAUAAUAUCAAACUUCACUCACUGGUAAAUGUGAUGAAACACUGGAGAAAAACGUGAACUGAUAUCUACAGUUUGUAGAGUUAAUACAUUUAUAACCAAUGUAAGUUGAGCUUGCAACCAACGUGACGUCAUAAAUUAGCCGACAUAUUCACACUCAUUUACAUAUCAAACAAAUUGAAAUAUCUCGGAAACAAACCAUGGGAACAAACCAUGAAAACAAGAAAAUGAAAAAUAAGUUACACUACAGCUUAAAGAGUUCUUCCAUUUAAGAAAAUAAGAAAUUUCAUGUCAUAUGCACUUUAACUAAACCUUGUCUAAGCCGAGAAAAUCAAGGCUAAAGUUUAUGUAAAUGAACAUGAUUUUUUAUCACAUAUAAAACUACCGACACGGCAGUGAUUUUCUUUGUCUUUUCCUCAUGAAUUAUUGAGUUUCUUAAAUAUAUUAUAUACAGGGUGUAUAAAAAAAACUGAACCCUUUCAAAUUCAAAUUAGCUAUAACGUAUAUUGUAGUAAUUUGACAGCUCUAAUUGCUUUGAAUUAACGGUUGGGUAAGAACACAAGGUCUGGUACUCAUGGGACAAAACUCUUAAAAACUUUUAAAUUUUCUAAUUUUUAUUUCUUUGAGUUUUGUCCCAUGAGUACAAGACCUUGUGUUCUUACCCAACCAUUAAUUCAAAGCAAUU